AUAUGUGACUGAGUUUGUGGACCUGGGUAAUGUGUCAGCCUUAAGGACGUUCAGGGUGCUGCGAGCGCUCAAAACCAUCUCUGUCAUCCCAGGCCUGAAGACCAUCGUGGGCGCUCUGAUCCAGUCGGUGAAGAAGCUCGCUGACGUGAUGAUCCUCACUGUCUUCUGUCUGAGCGUCUUCGCCCUCAUCGGCCUGCAGCUCUUCAUGGGAAACCUGCGGCAGAAGUGUGUCCGCAGCACGGUGCACUGCGCCAACGGCAGCAUGGUGGCCAACACCUCCUUCUACUGCAACAACAAGACCUGGGCCUCCCUGAAGGACUUCAUCAACGACGAGGAAAACUUCUACAAGGUGGAGGGAGCCAAGGAUGCCUUAAUCUGUGGGAACAGCAGCGACGCAGGGAAGUGCCCUGAUGGGUUUGACUGUCUGAAGGCGGGGAGGAACCCGAACUACGGCUACACCAGCUUCGACAGCUUCGGUUGGGCCUUCCUGUCUCUGUUCCGCCUGAUGACGCAGGACUACUGGGAGAACCUGUACCACCAGACGCUGCGCUCGGCCGGUAAGACCUACAUGGUGUUCUUCGUGGUGGUGAUCUUCCUGGGCUCCUUCUACCUGGUCAACCUCAUCCUGGCCGUGGUGGCGAUGGCGUACGAGGAACAGAACCAGGCGACCAUCUCCGAGGCCUGCCAGAAAGAGCGGGAGUUUCAGGUGGCCAUGGAGAGGCUGAAGAAGGAACAGCAGGCUGCAGCACAGAAGCUUCUCGAUUCGGACUCCAUGAUGUCACCAGACCUGUCCCCGUUCGGCCUGCCAUUGGACGGCAUGGAGGAGCGGAGGCGGAGUCAGGCGCUGGUGGGCGCGGCCGACGUGGAGGCGAACCUGUCGGAGGAAAAGCUGCUGCAGGUGGACACGAUGGACGGGGCAAAGCCCCUCCACCCGCUCCUCGCUCGCUCCUUCUCCACGAGGACUCGGCGAAGCAGUCAGGUCUCCUCCAUCUUCAACUUCCGUCUGAGGAGCCGGGGGUCGGAGGGGGAGAUGGCUGACGACGAGUACAGCGCCCCGGGUGACGUGGUGGAGGGCGUCAGGGGUCGGACCUACAGCGGCGGCACCUUCAGUGGCAUCCUGCCCCACCCGUGGCCUAAACGACGGCCGAGCACCUACAGCAACGCCAGCAGGAGCUCCCAGGUGUUUUAUCCAACUCUGAACGUCAACGGGAAGCUGUUUGUUGCCAUGGACCAGAACGGGGUUUCCCCACCACCACUGCAGGGGCAGCUGCCUGCCUGCACCAUGGAGAAGGUCAAGGAGGAGAGUGUCCCCACGUCCACCACGGAGCUCAGCACGAUGCUGCUCCCUCGUCCUUCGUCCACACAGGGGUCCCAGCAGCGGGGGAGGGCGCUCAGCGCUGCCAGCUACCUCACUGACGCCAUGGAAGAACUGGAGGAGGCCCAUAAGAAGUGCCACCCAUGCUGGUACGUGUUUGCCCACCGGUACCUGGUGUGGGAGUGCUCGCCCUCCUGGCUGAGGCUGAAGCAGCUGGUGAACAUCAUGGUGAUGGAUCCCUUCCUGGACCUCACCAUCACCGUCUGCAUCGUCCUCAACACGCUCUUCAUGGCCAUGGAGCAUUACCCCAUGACCGACGAGUUCAACGGCAUGCUGAGCAUCGGAAACCUGGUAGGACUGAGGGCUGGUGGAGGAAGGGUGAUGGGGUCACAGGAGGCCUGGGCCGGAGGUGCAACCUGCAUGAACAUUAAGUACGCAGGACAAAUGCUGAACAACGUGCAGAACUGUGAGCUGCAUGUUGUUCCACAGAGACCUGAGCGCUUCAUCAAAGAUAGAAAGCCUCAAAUCUUCACUGAUUUCUUGAAAAAUCUAGUUCAGCAGAAAGACGAUAUCAGCCAAUCGGAGGGCAGCACGGUGGACCUGAGGAAGCCUGGGGAGGAAGAGGAUGAGUACUCAGAGAUGGCUGAAGAAGCCAUGGACCCCGACAACUGCUUCCCCGACUUCUGCGUGUCUCGGUUUCAGUGCUGUGACAUCGACACGACGGCGGGCUCCGGGCAGACCUGGUGGAGACUGAGGAAGACGUGUUUUCAGAUCGUAGAGCACAGCUGGUUCGAGUCCUUCAUCAUCUUCAUGAUCCUCCUGAGCUCCGGAGCGCUGGCCUUCGAGGACAUUUACAUCGAGCAGAGGAAGGUGGUGAAGGUGGUGCUGGAGUACGCAGACAAGAUCUUCACCUACAUCUUCAUCCUGGAGAUGUUGCUCAAGUGGCUCGCGUACGGCUUCAAGAAGUACUUCACCAACUACUGGUGCUGGCUGGACUUCCUCAUCGUCGACGUGUCGUUGGUCAGUUUGGUGGCCAACACGUUGGGUUAUUCAGACUUUGCAGCCAUCAAAUCCCUGCGGACGCUGCGCGCCCUGCGGCCCCUCAGAGCCCUCUCCAGAUUUGAAGGCAUGAGGGUGGUGGUGAACGCUCUGAUCGGGGCGAUCCCCUCCAUCAUGAACGUGCUGCUGGUCUGUCUCAUCUUCUGGCUCAUCUUCAGCAUCAUGGGCGUCAACCUGUUCGCCGGGAAGUUCGGCCGCUGCGUGAACCGCACGGGACACAUCUACGAGUCGUCCUUCAUCAACAACAAGUCCGAGUGCGAGGCGCUCAACAACACCGCGCUCUACUACUGGACCAAAGUCAAGGUCAACUUUGACAAUGUGGGGGCCGGAUAUCUGGCGCUGCUGCAAGUGGCAACCUUCAAAGGCUGGAUGGACAUCAUGUAUGCAGCCGUGGAUUCACGAUCUGUGGAGGAGCAGCCCAUCAAGGAGAUCAACCUGUACAUGUACCUUUACUUCGUCAUCUUCAUCAUCUUCGGCUCCUUCUUCACCCUCAACCUCUUCAUCGGCGUCAUCAUCGAUAACUUCAACCAGCAGAAACGAAAGUUGGGAGGACAAGACAUCUUCAUGACGGAGGAGCAGAAGAAGUAUUACAACGCCAUGAAGAAGCUCGGCUCCAAGAAGCCUCAGAAGCCCAUCCCCCGACCUCUGAACUCUCUGCAGGGCUUUCUUUUCGACCUGGCGGGGAAGCAGUGGUUCGACAUCAUCAUCAUGGUGCUGAUCCUCUUCAACAUGAUCACCAUGAUGGUGGAGACGGACGAGCAGUCGCCUCAGAUGGAGUACAUCCUGAACAACAUCAACCUGGCCUUCAUCAUCGUCUUCACCUUCGAGUGUCUCGUCAAGAUCGUGGCGCUGCGAUGCUACUUCUUCACCGUCGGCUGGAACAUCUUCGACUUCGUGGUCGUCAUCCUCUCCAUCGUCGGUAUCGUGCUUGCUGACAUCAUCGAGAAGUACUUUGUGUCGCCAACGCUGUUCCGAGUGAUUCGAUUGGCCCGUAUCGGACGUAUUCUGCGUCUCAUUAGAGGCGCUAAGGGUAUCCGGACGUUACUGUUUGCCCUCAUGAUGUCACUUCCUGCUCUCUUCAACAUCGGGCUCCUCCUCUUCCUGGUCAUGUUCAUCUACGCCAUCUUCGGCAUGGCCAACUUCGCCUACGUGAAACGGCAGUCGGGGAUUGACGACAUGUUCAACUUCGAGACGUUUGGGAACAGCAUGAUCUGCUUGUUCCAGAUCACCACCUCCGCCGGCUGGGACAGCCUGCUCAGCCCCAUCCUCAACAACUCCCCCGAGGAGUGCAACGCCAACAUCCCCCACACGGGCACCACCGUCCGGGGGAACUGCGGGAACCCGUCGGUGGGCAUCACCUUCUUCGUCACCUACAUCAUCAUCUCCUUCCUCAUCGUGGUGAACAUGUACAUCGCCAUCAUCCUGGAGAACUUCAGCGUGGCCACAGAAGAGAGCACGGAGCCGCUGAGCGAGGACGACUUUGAGAUGUUCUACGAGGUUUGGGAGAAGUUUGACUCCGAGGCCACGCAGUUCAUCGAAUAUGCCAAGCUGUCCGACUUUGCAGACUCGCUGUCGGAGCCGCUGCGCAUCACCAAGCCUAAUAAGAUCAAACUGAUCUCCAUGGACCUGCCCAUGGUCAGCGGGGACAAGAUCCACUGCCUGGACAUCCUGUUUGCCUUCACCAAGCGUGUCCUGGGCGAGUCGGGCGAGAUGGACGCCCUCAAGCAGCAGAUGGAGGAGAAAUUCAUGAUGGCCAACCCGUCCAAAAUCUCCUAUGAGCCGAUCACAACGACACUGAGGCGAAAACAGGAAGACGUCUCCGCCGCCGUGAUCCAGAGGUGCUACCGCAGACACCUGGUGAGGCGGCAGAUGAAGGCCGCCUCCUACUUGUACCGCCAGAUCACCACACCUCGGCACGUAGGAGAAGAAGGUGAGGAAGGAGGCGAGGGAAUGUUGGAGGAGGAAGCGCCUGAGAAAGAAGGGCUGAUCGCCGCCAUGAUGAGGGAAAACUAUGGCUCGAGUUUAUUAGUGAUUGAGCGCUCCGAGACAAUUUCCUCCACCUCGUCCCCGCCGUCCUACGACAGCGUGACGCGAGCCACAUCGGAGAUCUUUCACCCGCUCGCCGUCAAGACAGAAACAAUAGCCGUCGAUACAGCCGGCAGCGAACCGAGCGAACAGUCGCCAUCGUUGGUCGACCCUGACAGACAGCAGGAAAACGUACCAUAGCGGGAUCCAAAAAGCAAAAAAUGUAAAUCCUUGUUUUGGGUUUGUUCUUUUGUUUACUGAAUGUACCAUAGCUGAGGAACGCUGAGGAAGGCGGCGGAGGGGAGCUAUGAGCGAGCAACUGCAGGAGGAGUCGAGUGAAGGAGCAAACAAAGAGGAAUAUUUACUACCUUUAAUGUUAUUUCCUGUUCCCUGUUGGAGAUUACUGAACUCAACUUGGGAGUUUCUUAAAGGGGAGCAGAAAAACUGCAAAGACAGAGAGGGAAACCCCGUCUGCCUUUGUUGGAGACACAAGAUUCCUUUGACCUCUUGGGUCUCUCGUGUCGACUGGAGGCGAGGGUUCGGCAAACACUGACUGACCUUUGACCUCAGCUUCAGGGGGUCAGGGCAACUAUAUCAGAUGUAUCCAUCAUUUAUUGGCCGGGGGGUUUUGUGCCUUCCCACAGUUGAUCAAUAUCCCU